AUCUAACCACACACCUGCUCACUGAGACAGAGAGCCGACACUCAGUCAAGAGUGUGCGACGAUCAGAGUGAUUGAGGACGUAGAUGAAGGGAACAAUUUUGAAAUGUACUUUUAAUUAUUCACAUAUUUUCUGUACAUUUUAUACGUCAGCUUCUGGCAUAUGCAUGUAUUAUGAGAAAAUAUGGUGCUUAAUUUUAAUCAGAGGUCGCCUUUCACGUUUUUGAUGUGCUUAAUUUGCACUGUAUCUCUUGGAUACGGAGCAAACGUCAAUGUUAUUUUGGAACCGACUGCUACUUCGCCAUCUAAACUUCCUCCUUUGAGCCCAAUGGAGGAGACUGAUCCCGACCCAGUCGAAACCACCCAAGCGGAGUUUACACUGGACUACCCCCGCAUUCAGAUCCCGUUUGAGAUUACUUUAUGGGUGCUACUUGCGUCCUUUGCGAAAAUAGGUUUCCAUGUUUACCAUAAGAUCACGGUCUGGGUGCCAGAGUCAUGUUUGCUGAUCUCCAUUGGUCUCAUAGUCGGGGGCAUCAUGCACUCACUGCACGAGAAGCCGCCGGCAGUGCUCACCUCCAACGUCUUUUUCCUCUAUAUGUUGCCACCCAUUGUUCUAGACUCAGGCUACUUCAUGCCCACUCGGCCUUUAUUUGAGAAUUUCGGCACGGUGCUGUGGUUUGCUGUGGUUGGCACCUUGUGGAAUUCUAUUGGCAUAGGCAUCUCUCUAUUUGCCAUCUGCCAGAUCGAGGCGUUUGGUGUGCAGGACAUUACCCUGCAGGAGAACCUCCUCUUCGCCUCUAUCAUCUCAGCCGUAGAACCAGUGGCUGUCCUCACUGUGUUUGAGGAUAUCAGCAUCCAUGAGCAGCUCUAUAUUGUGGUAUUUGGAGAGUGCCUGUUCAAUGACGCUGUCACUGUGGUGCUCUAUAAUCUAUUCAAUCAUGUAGCAGCGCUCGAGGUGGUUGAAGCUGGAGAAGUUUUUCUGGACAUAGGUCGAUUUUUUGUGGUUGGCUUGGGAGGUAUGAUUUUCGGCGUACUGUUUGGCUUUGUGGCAGCCUUCACCACGCGCUUUACAGGAAAAGUGAGAGAGAUCGAGCCUCUAAUAAUCUUCCUGUAUAGCUACCUGGCCUACCUCAUAGCGGAGCUCCUUGCCAUCUCCAGCAUCAUGGCUAUUGUAAUCUGCGCCUUGACUAUGAAGUAUUACGUUGAGGAGAAUGUAUCCCAGCGCUCCUGCACCACCAUCCGGCAUGUCAUCAAGAUGUUUGGAAGUGUGUCGGAAACUCUGAUCUUCUUCUUUCUGGGUGUUGUUACCAUAACAACAGAGCACCAGUGGAACUGGGGCUACAUCCUCUUUACUCUGCUGUUUGCUCUUCUUUGGAGAGGCCUGGGCAUCCUGGUCCUAACGCAGAUCAUUAACCCCUUCCGCACAAUUCCUUUCAACUUCAAAGAUCAGUUUUGUUUGGCCUAUGGUGGGCUGAGAGGAGCUGUGUCCUUUGCCUUGGCUUUCACUCUGCCAGACAGUAUCGGUUGCAAGAAGCUGUUCAUCACAGGCACGAUUGUCAUCAUCAUCUUUACAGUGUUCAUUCAGGGAAUUACUUUAAGACCCCUUCUAAAAUUAAUCAAUGUUCGUAAGACAAAUCGAAACCAGGAGACCAUCAAUAGUGAGAUUCACAAAAGGUUGAUGGAGCACACUGUUGCUGGUAUAGAAGAUCUGUGUGGACAGUGGAGUCACUACUACUGGAAAGACAAGUUCAUGAAGUUUAAUAACCGGAUCAUUCGCAAGAUUUUAAUCCGUGAUAAUCGUCCCGAGUCGAGCAUUGUGGCUCUGUAUAAGAAACUGGAGCUUCAGAACGCCAUGGAGAUACUGGACCAAAUGCCCGGUGACAUCAGUGCAGCCCCCUCUUUAAUUUCAUUGCACAAAGAAAGAAAGAAUGCCUCCAAAUCCAGGAAGAAGUUAUUGUCAUCUGAUGUGACAAAUAUGCAUGAACUCUUAUCAAAGAACAUGUACAAGAUCAGACAGAGGACAGUGUCUUACACUAAUAAGCAUACAUUACCCAAUGAUAUAACAGCCAGGGAGAUCCUGAUGAGACGCCACACAAGCUUACGACGCAGUCUCAGAGCUGGAAGCUUCCAUGGCACUAACGCUUCAAAAAUGUCCCACAACUAUUUCUCUCUGCCCAUGGGCCGGAGUCUGAACACUGGAUUUCCUCCAGGGAGACUCGUUCACACUGGAGAUGGUGAUACUGAAUCGGAGAUCGACUACCCGUCAAUCAGGCGUCCACGGAGAGUGUCAUCUAAAGCAGCGAUGCCUCUCAGGCCGUUAAACACUCUGAAGGAAGUGGCUUCCUCUGUCGACACGGUGGACGAACAGAACGAGGAGCAGAGAGGCUACAGGAGGUCACAUCUGGGGUCAAAUGUCAGCCGUUCAGGACAUCUGACCUCACAUCUGCAUCAUGGCUCAUCUAGAAACUAUAGUGAAGGAGACCAUGAUGUUGAGGAGCAGCAAUCACGGUUAUCUCCACAUGCAUGGGUACAGGAACCGCAGGACAACAGUGAUGUGCAGCACCCUUUGAUGAGGAGACCACACUGGCUGCCACAGACACCACAUGACAAAUGAGAUCUACAGGGGUGUUGGAAUUGAUCUCACCACAUUGACUCAUAAAAACUAAAACAUAUACUAGACUAGACUUAUACUUAUACUAGAGAAAAUACAACUUCUGAAAAAUAUAUUGGUCUGCUUAAAAUGCAUUUUACUGAUAUUGGUAAAAAUGAUAAAUUGGGUGCAUUGUCAUUUUCAUGCCGUUAAAAGUUGUUUUUUAAUUCACUAAAUUGAACUUUGGGAUAGAAAUUGUAUUUUUCAGAUUUAACAGUAAAUUAAAUUAUUUGUUUUAACCACAUCAUAAGCAAUUACUUGAUUCAUGAAAGUUACAUUUCUAUAAAGGACAUAACAUUGCUUUUGUAUGUAUUAAUCUUGCUGUAAAAUAUA